GGAAAAGAGUACGAAGCCUGUAAAAAGCUUUGUGAAUUUAUUUCAAAGGGCAACUUUAAACAUUUAAACGUUUGUUGCAAUGAAACUCAAAAUGCUCCCACAUUGAGUCCUCGGUUUGCCUCCCAGGUGCAGCAGGUCGUUGGCCGCCUGGCUACCUCGAGUCAAGGUGUCGGCGGGGUGCGGAAGGAGGUCUCGUUUGCCCCCUUGAAUCUCUCUCAGGGGGUCCAAAGAACCAGAGACGUCCACGGGGAGAGCCCGGCUGUCUCCAGCAGGGCUGUGCAUUCGGCGCAGCCGCUGAGUUACGUUGAACACAAAGUCGGCGGUCUCCAGCAGCAGCCGGGUCACGCCGUCAUGCUGACCAACGGGCAGCCGGUGCUCGUUCCUCUCGACUAUCACCUGCAGCAUCAGUCCCAGCCGCAGCAACACUACCCAGGACAGGCGAGCGACGCCGCAAAGGCCUCCAUUAACCCAAGCUUUAAAACCUCUGAGUCUCCAGGCAGAGCCGGCCUCCCUGAGAAGGUGGAGCCGACCACAGCUAAGCAGCAGCAGCAUCAUCAUCAUCAGCAGCAGCAGCAGCCGCAGCCUUCUCUACAGCCAUCAGUCCACUCUGCAGCAGAGCUAACUCAGGCUUCGGGUGUCCCGGCGGCGGUGGCGGCGGCGCCUGGCAGUAACCCGUCACAUUUCAUGAAGGGGGCGAUUAUCCAGCUGGCCACCGGGGAGCUGAAGCGUGUGGAGGAUCUGCAAACUCAGGAUUUUGUGCGAAGCGCAGAGGUCAGCGGAGGGCUCAAGAUCGACUCCAGCAUGGUGAUGGACAUCCGGUCCAGCCAGCAGAGACCGGGUCUGGUGUCUCUGCAUUUCACGGUGGGGGAGCAGCAGAGCAAGGUGACCAUCGACGUCCCGCCAGAGCACCCGUUCUUCGUGUUCGGCCAGGGCUGGUCGUCGUGCAGCCCCGAGCGCACGGCCCAGCUGUACGGCCUGACCUGCCACCUCCUGCAGGUGGGGGACAUGUGCGUGUCCAUCACGCUGCAGCAGCAGCAGCUUCAGCCGCAGCUGCAGAAGCAACCGCAGCAUCACAACUCACAGCAGCAGCAGAACGUGUCGAGAACUUUAGGCAAAAGCAGCGCGGCGUCGGGACCUGGUCACCAGCUCAUGGGGCCUCCCGCACCCCAACAGCUGCGGCCGCAGGCUCACUUCAGGAUGGAUCGCGUCCACAGAGAGCGGCAGCAGCGGGACGGCGAGGGCGGCGUGCUGGAAAAGGAUGAAGCACAUUUAGCGGUUGUUGGACACACUGAAUCCCCCGUCCGGCGAAGUCGGACCUCCACGGAGCAUCCCAGGAGUCAGAGCAGCUACCACUUGCACACAGAGGGCUCUGCUUUCGCCGGGACCGGCAUGACCGCCAUGCAGGCCGCGCUCGGCGCCUCUCAGAGGCGCUGGUCGUCGCCCGGCCUCCAAAGAUACAGCAUGAAGGGAGACGAAGGGCAACGCCCUCAGAUAAUCGCCUCUGGCCACACGAGGCCUUCUUUCAUCCCGCAGGAGGUGAAACUGUCCAUCGAGGGGCGCUCUAACGCAGGGAAGUAGCAUCACAUUUGGUAGCAACCGUAGGAGAGACUGCCAGGAGCGAGAACGAGUCUGACAAGGAGAGAAAGAGGAAAAAAACAGUGUGAAUGUAGCCUCAGAAUGUUUGAGAUUUUGCACACCUAAAAGUAUACAAAGACACAUGAUUUUGUUGAUCUUCUUGAGAAGUUUUGCUUCGAUGUUACUCAGCCACGAAAAACAGAAACCUUCGGUUUCCCAGCCUGCUGAGGUCUGACAGGAAAAUGGAAAGCUAAGUAGAACGUAUGUAGCUUAUAAACGCCUGCCAUAGUCCUUACACACUGCUUUUCUCUUCCUCGCUCCCUCCUUCGUCUCCACCUCCUUGUACCCACGCCUGGACGUUUUCACAAAUAAACACUUUGGCUUUACCUUCCUACUAAAACUCUCAAUGGGAAACACAACAGUGUGUGCAGCCUCAAAGCACAGCUACCAACUCUGAUGUUAAAAAUCACAGCCAGCGAUCUUUAGAUGUCAACACUCCUAAAAAAUUUUUUUAUCUCUUUAUAUCUAUAUUUAUAAAGCAUUUACCCCCCCAAAAAAGUGGAGCCACUGACAUCAGCAGGGCCUGUGAUGUCGUCGAUUAAAACCUUCUCUGCUGUCAGCUGGAAAUCUCUCUCUCUCGAAGUCAUUAAUUUUCAGCAAGUCAGUCUCCAAAGAUAGAUGCAAGAUUCUGUUUCAGGCCAAAAACGGCGGCUCUCGCACGUCUUACAAUCGAGCAGUUCACCAAUCAAUUUCCUGUUCCUUGAUUUAGCGCCCUUGUGGCAGGAACUGAAACGAUGCCUUUCUCCUCUCUGAAACAACAAAGUUUUGCAUUCCAGUGCGAUUGUGUCAUUUAGAGUGUGUUUCUUUUUCCCCGCUUCCCUCUGAACCUCACAGCUUUUCUCGACCAGGUUGGUGAACUUCGGUGCAUUUUAAUUUAAUUACUGCAGGAGGCGCCGGCUGCUUCUCACCAAAGCCUUGAGAGAAACAUCCACCUGUUGCAUCUUGCAGUUUGCCCUGAAAGGGGAAUAUGUGAGUGUGAGUGAGGCAGUGUUGAAGCUCGAGUCUGUCUUUUCUCAGUUCCUUUAAAGAAAGCAAUAGUUUCUUUUUUUUUUUUUUGUCGUUUUGUUUUUUCCCCCAAGCUUUUGGCUGUCCUGGGAAUUUCAUUGUCUGGUCCUCUUCCAGAGGUGAUGCACCAUUUUGAUCUAUUGUUAAUUCAGACAACAUUUAAGCUAAAUUAUUGGCUCAUUAAUUUUCCAAAAUGCAUCUUCGGGGGGCUCUAGAUUAACAGAUUGGUUGUGUAUUAUUUUCUUAUGUCUUCUGUCACCCAUUGUGUUCAUUCAGUCCAUCCUGAGUAGGAAUCUGUGCUUUCUUCAUGUUUUUAUCUCGUUAAUUGAAGGGAAUUUGUUUGAAGUGUUGUUGGAGUUUUGUGGUAAGCGAAGAAGAAAAGAAACAAACAACUGACUUGUAUUUUUUUUUUUUAACUGUUUACAAAUUAGCCGAGAUGAAUGCUGCAGUCUCUUCCUUCUGACGUAUUUCUAUCUUGAAAAAUCAAAAGUGCAAUUAGAUCAUACAUAAAUUCAUCCAGAGGUUUCCAAUCAGACGACAUUCCUCAUGCAGACAUUCCCAUCGGAAAAGCGACACAUUUAAUAGUUUCUGGUCCUUUUUAUGAAACUUGAAUACAGCGCGAUCAUUCACUUUAAAGCGUUUUCUUUUUGCCUGAAAGCUUUAGGUAAUUUUCUCUUGCACACACAGAGCUACUGCUUUUACUAGUCCAUAUUGGCUGUAUGGCUUUUCCUUCUUGACCUUAAACCACUUUAAAGAAGUAGUUGCAGUAAAGCAUAAUAUAGCAUGAGGUUCAAGAAUGGACAAUUUGAACCCUUUUGGUAUUAAAAAACUGAAUUUUUUUGGAUGAUACUGAAGUGUAAACCAAUUCCUGAAUGGAUUUCUAUACGGAAGGCAUUUCCGUACUGCCAUGAUGGACAGAGAGGGUUUAGUGUUUCCUACCAUCCAGCACCCAACACGCGUUUGUCAAAGCGUAAGCAAUAUUCAUUCAUCAUGAGUCGACAACUUUCUGUAGUCUUGGUGUUUUCUAUGCAGUAAUCUCAGUACAACGUCCAGGAUCGUCUUCAGUGUAGUCAGCUGAAGCAGCAGCAGCGGCUCUGCUUGUUGGAUGCAGUCGUUUGAAACGUUUCUUUCGCUGAUGUCUGGGUUUAGUAUUUUUGACUGACCUACUUUAUAGGAAUUAAAAGCAGUGUUUUUGGUUUACCUCUUUGUGUUUUCUUGGUGUUGUUGUUUUUUGUGGCCAGCAGUUGUCAGCUCUCUGAAUCCCGAGUGAAACCGUUUUCAUCUUCCUUCUUUGAAGCCACGCAUUUAAAGCCAAAUCACGCGAGACGCCCCACUCGGUCCGUUUGUCCGGUGAGGUCACAGUUUAGUGGGGCUUAUUGUCUGGUGUAAAGCAGUGCCACUUAUGGUUUAAAGCCCCAAGCAAGGCCAUCCUGUGCUGACGCUUUCCUCUCUGUUUUCAUCCAUCGCUUUGAGUGGCCUGUGCCAUUUUAAAGAUUAAUCCUCCAUCACUGAUGGUCCGUUGUUGUAUAAAAUUGCACUAAAUGUCGUCCUUCAGUGUUCUCAAAUGAAAUCUGUUGGUAAACUGAAGACUUUCCAAUUGUAAAGCACACAAAAUCGUGGAGAAAUCGCAGGUUUUGUGUUUCUGUAGAUAGGUGUAUUUGUUUUUUCUUGUGUAGAUAGCUUCGAUC